AUGAUGUCCAGUACUGAUCUGCUUCUAGCAUACUCUGCUGCAUCCCAACAACGAUAUCAAAAAGAAACUGACGAUUCAGGCAAUUCUCGAGCACGACUAAUGGUCGUUCUAAAAGGGGUUGGAGUGAAUGGUGGUAUUGCGGCAGUUGCUGGUUCAGCAGCUAAGCAUUUGUCUUUUCUCUGCAAAGUAGGUGGCCCGUAUGGCUUGGGGCUAUUCAACACCACUACACCUGCAAGGUUUUAUAGUGAUAACAACGGCAGUGGCACCGGUAAGGGCGGGAAUCCCAAUGAUCAAAUAGAUGGUCUGAAGAAUAGAAAAGAGAUAGAGGGAGAUCCUGCUAAUGUUCGGGAUGGAAAUUUGCGAAAAGAGGAGUCGUCGGAUUCCACAGUUAUUGGAAAGCCAGGGUCUUCAAAGUCACCACCAAAAACGCUGUUGCUGAAACACGAGUUCGAAAAUUUAAAAGCCAAGUAUACACCGACAAAAUAUCCCAUUAUUCUCUGCCAUGGCUUAUUUGGAUUCGAUACGUUAAAGUCCCCAGUUCCAAUUAUUGUCAAGGACCUCUCAUACUGGCAUGGCAUCAAGGAGGCAUUGGUAGACGCGGGGGCAAAAGUGUUGUCAGCUAGUGUUCCACCUGUUGGGCCGAUAGAAACAAGAGCGGAAUACCUGGCCCAAGUCAUAGAGCGAUGGGUGAAGGAAGAAAAUCUGGAUAAUGGUAAUGGUGAAUCAGACGAGCCCCUGAAGCUCAAUUUAAUUGGUCAUUCUAUGGGUGGUCUGGAUGCCAGAUACAUGAUAUCAGUGUUGAAACCACCAAAUAUCAAAGUUCUCUCACUCACUACCAUUGUAACUCCACAUCAAGGAACAUCUUUUGCCGACCACAUUUUCAAAGAAAAUCCUCUUUAUAUCACCAAGCUUUUGAAGGCCAUUGCAUGUGUUGGCGGGGUAGAGGAGCCGUCAGGCAUAAAGCAACUUACCACUGAGCACAUGCAAAACGCAUUCAAUCCACAUGUACCGGAUGAUAAAGAUGUUUAUUAUUCAAGCUAUGGAGCCCGAAUUGGAUCCAGAUGGACGACAGUUCUGAAGUAUUCCGCAGAUUACAUCAAGUCAGUUGAAGGCGAUAACGAUGGGCUUGUUAGUGUGGAGUCUGCCAAAUGGGGUGAGUAUCUGGGUACCAUUGAAAACUGUGAUCACUUAGAUGUUGUAAAUCUGGUAGGAGUCACCCAUUGGUUGAAGUGGGCUACUUUCCAGAAAAGUUCUUUUAAUGCCAUUGCAUUAUAUUUGCAUAUCAUGGAUAGCCUAGCAAAAAAAGGAUUUUGA